AUGACUUUGGUGAGAACAAUGACAAAUGGAUUGUGGCUGCACCAGGUGGCAGAGACAAAAAAAGUUAUUAUCCUUUCGAACAAAGCUGAGUGCAUCUCCUUGAUGUUCAACAGGAUUCCUAUUAGGUUCAAUCUUGAUCCCAUAAAACUGAGGAUCUUGUGCCUUCGGAACAACAAAUUGGAUGAAAGCAUAAUUGUUGAAGCAAUUAAGAAUUGCAGUUCACCGACAUAUCUGGAUUUGAGCGGAAACAACGUCAAGAGGAUACCGGAAGAAUUAUGUUCCUUGGUAAAGCUGGAAUACCUUGAUUUGUCACGAAAUGAAUUUGGGGCAACUGAAGUGCCUCGCUCCUUUGGAAAGCUCAUCAACCUCAAGUUCUUGUACCUAUGGUCUGCUGGUGGUUACGUGAGAAUACCAGCUGGUGUCGUGUCUAGCCUUAAAGCAUUGCAGGUAACAGACUUGAGGAGUUUCUUAAGAGAAUCUACCCUAUCCCUACCUGAGUCAAUAUUCCGAGAGUUGGGCACCCUACCUCAGUUGAAAGCGCUUGGUAUUGUGGUCGAAGGUUCUGCUCAGCUUGAGUCACUAGGAGAAGCGAACCUCCCUGUUAGAUAUUUGGCUCUGCUGGACGUAGGUACAUUCAAUGAUAUUUUAUCAACCGACUUUGCACAAAGGACCUUGUAUGAACUGGAUAUCAGUGAAGAAAUUGACACUCGAGAAAUAACAGUAAGACAUGAUACGGAACAACCAAACAACUGUUUUGGUGCUCUCAACAACCUCAGCUUAACUAUGAUGAGAUCCUUGAGAGAGAUGAAGUGGAUGGGAGCAACUCCAGCAUUUAUAUUCCCAAGGCUCAUUCAUUUGGAAUUGUUUUACUGCAGACGGCUAUUGCACCUCUCUUGGGUUAUGUAUUUGCCUCGCCUUGAACAACUUCAUAUAGUUUCCUGUUCUGGUAUAGUGCAAGCAUUUAUGAGGUGCCAUGGUGACAAAUUGUGCAAUGGACAGGACAAGACAAAAACAUUUCGUUGCCUCAAGAGUCUCAGUCUUACUCGUAACUACUCGUUGGAAACUAUUGGGGACAAGGGUAUGGAAUUCCCAUCCCUAGAGCGACUUGUGAUUGACAAUUGUCCAAAAUUGGAGAGGCUUCCUUUCCAGCUGGACAGUUUGCCACUAAAGCUGAAGGAGCUACGGUUUGUUGGGACACAGCAAUCAAAGAGUCUUCCUUUCCAGCUGGACAGUUGGCUACGGUUUGAUGAUGCUCAGUGCUAGGAGACAUUGGAAUGCGAAGAAGGUGUCAAAAGUUUCCUGCAACCCGCUCUUAAAUUUGGCAGAAAAUCCUACGACAUAUUCAGUUAAUACCUUCGUUGUUAGUGCAUUACAUGUAGUAGAUGUAGCGUUCUCCUGGACACUCAUGGUCUCAUGUUAAGACACAAGAAGCAAAACACCACAUUCAAAUUAUUGCAGCUAGGAUGUGCAGCUGUGACAUUUUUUUUAAUACCUUCGCUUGAGAUUUCUGUCA